UAUGCGUGAGACUCUGGUUGCGCCUCCUUUUUUACCCACAUCAGACAUAGCGCUGGUGAGCAGACCCGCAAUUUUCAGCCGCAAGCCUCGCUCGUGUUGCCGCCGCCUCCGGGCUACAUGCUUACAGCUCUGCCUUGAGCACCUUGUUAGUGAAUCUGCCGGACGACACCAGGCUGCUGUAGGGAUCUCAAAAACGCAGCUUUGGAUAUGUGACUGCCAGACUGCAGAUGUGGAAAAGACAGCAACGAUUCCCGCUUCUUUGAGCUUAAAACGCAGGAAGCGCAUCAGUGCAUGUUGAAAGAUAAAAUCAUUUCCUCAUGCAAUGAAUGCGACGGGGCACGGCGGAGACCAGCAGUCCGUUGCUCGGCUUGCAGAGCUGCGAUUGCUCAGUGCACCAUAAUGGAGGUGAUGGAGGACGUCUUCAUGCUGGUCAUCGUCACCCUGCUGAGCGUCCUGCAAAACGCCUCCUUUGCAAAUAAGGUUGAAAAAGAAUGCAAGACGGCCAAUGCCAAAACGGCGGCUUACGAACGAGUUUACUGCGCGAAUCGGAACUGCAUGGACACAUAUCCCACCUUUAUCGCUGUCAUGUGGUGUGCCGGCAUAUGUCUGAGCCAAGCACCAGCUGCCUUUGCAGGAAUUAUGUACCUGUUUGUUAGACAGAAGUACUUUGUAGGAUAUAUGGGCCAAACACCACAAAGGUAUCUUUCACUCUCCAUUGGGCUUGGUUUAUCUUGGGAGGUCAAAUUAGCAAGAAAACUUUGUUUGGUAACGCUUCACACUAUGUGCACCUUCAUAAUGCAUUCAUAGAACAUUCAUAAGCAGCAUGCAAGUGCACCUUAACAUCCUAACAUCCCUUAUCAGCUGUAAUAUACAUUAAUAAUAAACAUUCUAUAAUGAUAACAAACAUGGUCAUGACGUCACGGGUGAUAUCACACUCAUCGGACCGCAAUAGCCUACAUUCUUUGACUGAACAAUUGUAUAAUCAUAUAAUGUUUGUUAUUAAUGUAUAUUACAGUUAUUAAGGGAUGUUAGGAUGUAAAGGUAUACAUGCAUGAUGUUUAUGAAUGAUUACUGAAUGCUUAAUAAAUACAUUAUGAAGGUGUACUGAACGUUUUAUAAAUGCGAUAUAAAAGCAUUAUGAAGGUGCAGUUAAUGUAAAACGUUACGCUUUGUUUAUAUAAUUCUGUGCUGUUUUCAGACUUAAUUCAAAUGUGAUUGAGAUUUAGUAUCUUAGUAUUAGUAUUAAUAUCUUUAGCAUCAGUGAGACUCAUGUCUUGCAGACGGUAUGCAAAUGAACAGGGCGGGGCCAUUGUCCCACAGGGAAAUACCGUCUAAGCCAGACGGCCAGUCUAGGCCGAGUCAUAAUUCUAUCAUUACUAUGUCUUGAUCCUCUGCUCUUGUUCAAAUUCAAAUUUGAAAUAUUGUAAGAAAGGUCUCCUAAUUCACCAUUGACACAGAAGCUUUUAAAGGUUGCAAAAUAGUAUUUGUUCUAAGAGAAGCAAAUUUCAAAAGUCUCAUUCGAGUUAAUAAAAAGCAUCAUUGUAGUUUCCCUUUGUUAGAGAAUAAUUUGUUCUUCUGCUUUGGGAUUAUGGUGUUUUCUGGCUGCCACGAGAUUCAUUUGAGCCGCAUUGCAGCCCCCCUUCUGUGAUUCAUUUUGGGUGCUCAUAACCCUUAAUUUUUUCUCCUCAUUUAUACAUGAGGAAAUUUUGCAUAAGUAUACAAUAGGGGGAUUCCCUCAGCUAGAUCCUGUCUUCAUGCACCUCUGCAGUGGCAGACCUGAAUGUAGAGAUGCAAACAAAGCUGCUGACGUGCCUAGACACACAGGCAAAUUUGCACGCAUGUAUGCAAAUGCAGGAGGCGCAUGCAAACGUGCCUGGCAUGCAGUUGUAGCACCUGUCUUUUGUUGCGCCGUUAUCUUUUUAAUUUUGAAACGCAAGGCCUGGGUUGCAAAUGAGUUUGGAGAGUGAAGCAAAUGGUAAUUAUUCCUGCAUCAUCAUAAUUUUUUUAAUGUUACCAAAGUUUCCUCUUAUUGCCAUAGAUACUCUGCAGGGCUGGGAAAAGUACGCAAUUUUUUUAAAGUAAAAGUUCAGAUUUCACAUAAAAGUGGUACUCAAGUAAAAGUGAGAGUCAUCCAGUGAAGUACUACUCUAGUAAAAGCAAGAAAUACCUUAAAAGUGCUUAAGUAUGAAAAGUAAAAAGUACUGCUCAUUCAUAUCUAUUUAUCUUAUAAAGAGCAACCUACCCUAAACUCACUAAAGACGGGUUUGAAUAUAUCACUGUAAGUUACAGGGAUCUCAGUAAGGAAACUGAGUCGCAGGAGGAUAAGUGAAUUUUUUUUUAUUCAGAUAUUAUUCCAUUUGUAGGAAACUUGGUAACAGUUGGAGGCCACUGCAGUUGCCGGGGGUGAAAUUUGCAGAGCUCCCCUAUGCAGUUUAGCGGAAUAAUGCUACCCUGUUUUUUACUCUGUGAAAAAUGAAAGACUGAUCUGCGGGCCAGAUGUAAUAGUAAGUUAUAAAUAUGCUGGCAGUCGAUGCUUUGAGACCUGGUGGUGAAUGUGGUGAGUGAGCUGGCGAAAUCCCCCAUCCUUCACUGCGGAAAACGGCUUAUCGUCCAAAGCAAUACUCUUCUUUAUUUUAGUAAUGUCACUGGUUUGCAGCAUGGUGAAACAAACUGCUGUUGCUUCACACCGCUGUUGCCUCACACUUCUGGGCCCAGGGUCUGAGUCUCUGCCCUGACUCCAUGUGCAUGCAGUUUGCAGGCUUUGUUCCCCGGGGUCUUCCACUUCCACCCACAAACCAAAAAUGUGUUCAGGUGAACUGGAGUUAGGGACAUGUCAGUAGGUGUGACUGUGAGCCCCGCAGUGGGUUGGCAGCACAUCCUGGGCUGUUCACUGCUCUGCGCCCACAGGCUCUGGACCUCUGACACCCUGAACAGGACAAGCGGUGCAGAAAAUGGAUGGAUGUAUUUAGCUCUGGUGCCAGUAAACUUUGAACAUUGAGAACAGAAAGUAUAACUAUCAGUGUCACGGCAUGCAUGUAUUUAGGGGAAACACAGGACCCGAG